AAGAAAUACGCACCCCCCACCCCCACAAUCCCACAACAUGACACCACAACCAAGCCUAUCCUCCAUCCUCCAAGCCGGGAGCAUCGAUCUCGCGCCAUACGAGGACCUCUACAAGCAUUUCCACUCGCACCCCGAGCUAUCCCUGCAAGAGAAAGCGACGUCCGAGAAGAUCGCCGCGCAUCUAUCCUCGCUCCAGGCGUACGAAAUCCACACCCACAUCGGCGGCCAUGGGCUGGUCGGGGUGCUCAAGAACGGCGACGGAAAGACCGUUCUCCUGAGGGCGGACAUGGAUGCGCUGCCGGUCAAAGAACUCACGGGGCUGCCGUACGCGAGCACAGUGACGAUGCGCGACCGCGACGGGGUCGAGAAGCCCGUGAUGCAUGCGUGCGGACACGACAUGCACAUCACCUGUCUUCUGGCCGCGGCGGAGCUGCUGGCGAGGACCCGGCACGCGUGGCGCGGGACGCUGCUCGUGCUGUUCCAGCCGGAUGAAGAACGGGGCGGCGGCGCGCAGGCCAUGGUCGAUGAUGGGCUGUACUCGAAGGUUCCUCUCCCGGACUACGUCUUUGGGCAGCAUGUGAUGCGGUUGCGGGCGGGGAGCGUGGGCUCGCGUCCCGGCACGAUCAUGGCGGCGGCGGAUAGCAUGAGAAUCACCCUGUUCGGCCGCGGGGGACAUGGCUCCCAGCCGCACCAGACCGUCGAUCCGGUGCUUCUGGCGGCCCAUGUGGUGGUUCGCCUGCAGAGCAUCGUGAGCAGGGAGAUCGAUCCCACCGAUCUCGCCGUCUUGACGGUCGGGAGCCUGCAAGCCGGCCAAACAGAGAAUAUCAUCGCGGAUCGCGCCGAGAUUGGGAUCGAUUUCCGCACCGUGAAGCCCGAGACCAGGCAGAAGAUCAUCUCAGCCGUGAAGCGCGUUGUCGAGGCGGAGUGCAUGGCCAGUGGCUCGCCCAAGCCGCCUGUGUUCACCCCGACGAGGCGGUUUCCGCCCACGUCGAACGAUCAAGCAGUGGCGUCGAAGCUGGCUGCGUCCUUUGGGGCCCAUUUCGAGGACGCCUUUGAUCCUGAUACCCCCAGAACCAAUGUCAGUGAAGACUUCUCGACCCUGGGUACUUCGCAGGAUCUUCCGUGCUGCUUUUGGUUCGUGGGGGGCGUGGAUCCCCACGUCUGGGAUAAAGCCCAGGCGAAUGACUCUCUUAUGGCCGACAUCCCGGGCAAUCACUCGGCGCUUUUCGCCCCAGUGAUCCAGCCAACUAUGAAAGCGGGCGUGGAUGCCUUGUGUCUGGCCGCUUUGACUUUUUUGAAAUAGAGAAAUUGUUCUCUCUCUCUCUCUCUAUCGGCUAUUAUAAACCCCCACCCC